AUGUCUGUCGGAGUGGCUAUCAUUGGAAGCGGUAUGUCCGCCAUCUAUACUCGUCCAACAGUCAUGAGCCUAGAACUGAUAAAAUCACAGGCAUCUUCGCUCGCGAAGAGCAUCUGGUACGUCAUCUGCUUUCCUGCAGUCCAAGCAGCAAAGGAUUUCCAGCUGAAAGCCGUCUAUUCCCGCUCCCUCAAAUCAGCCCAGGACCUCGCAAGCGGGACUACGGGCGUUGACCUCUACUCCGAGGACUCUGGCCCCGGAAAGGGUUACGCCGAUUUACUCGCCCGCGACGACAUCGCGGCGGUUGUCAUUGCGUGCGUCUGGGUUUCACCCCUCCAGGGAUAUCUCCCCAUCCUGGUCCAGCCGGAUUUCAUCCGCAAGGCUCUGACGGCAGGAAAGCACGUUCUGUCCGAGAAACCGAUUGCCAAGGACAUUGCCACGGCGCGCGACCUGGUACAGUGGUACCAUGCCAACAUUGACACCCGCAAGACUCUCUGGGCCGUUGCGGAGAACUUCCGGUACAUGACCAAGUUCCUACGCACGGCCGAGGAGGUGCAGAAGCUGGGGCGGGUCAAGAAUUUCCGCGUGAACUUUCACGCUCUGGUCUCGACGGACUCGAAGUAUUUUAGUAAGUUAUACCGACUGCGCUCUACGUCUCAUGAUUAUCUGGGUGGAUUCAUCCUGGACGGCGGAGUCCAUGUCGUAGCAGCUCUACGAUUGAUUCUCGGGUCGAACGAUCCAGUCGCUACGAUAUCCGCGCAGUCCUGCCUCCAGCAGCAGCAUCUUCCUCCCUUGGACACGGUGAACGCGGUGAUGAAGACCAAAUCUGGCGCUACGGGUGUGCUAUCCUUGUCGUUCGGAUCAGCGUUUGAUGACUCUGUUUUCGAGUUUGACUGCGAGGGGGGCGUGGUCGCCUUGAACUCUGAUACGCUCACAAUUAAGGGCGAGAGCAAUGAGCUCGCCUUUGACGGACGAGGCGUUAGCCGUGAGGUCGCUGUAUUUGCUACGACGAUUGCCAGCGGUGGUUCUGUCGACAAGCGACAGAGCCCGGAAGAGGCAUUGGCGGAUUUGGAGAUUAUGGAGAAGAUGCUGACCAGUGGUGAGAGAGACGGCGAGAGACAGACCGUGGAAUUACAAGUGUAG